AUGGGAUUAGAAAAAUAUAGAUGCAAAAUGUAUGAAGGUGGGGCAAGUUUCGUAUGGGGAGGGGGAUGCAGAGGAAUCAUUAUCAAGCCCAAGUUAGCUGCAGAAAGGGAAGAUUCAAUUGUAUGA